AUGUCGACAAUACUAAGGGCCGUUCCAUCAAAACAACGGCUUCAGGAAGCCAGGAAGUUGAGCUUUGAAAUAUUUGAUCAAUUUUGGAACCCCACAGGAAAGCGGAACCCCGCAAAGAUCUUGAGAGCUUCGUUAAAGGGUCCCGAUCUUGUUAAGUACUAUGGUAAUAACGAUGCUGUGCCCACAUUUAAAGAUUUUCAGAAAUGGUUUCCCGAGUUGAAAUUAGUGGAUCCAAGAGAAGCACAUAGAACGCAUAUGGUUGAAGACAGAAAGAGGAGAAACAAAGGUGCUCCAAAGAAGAAGAAAUCUUAG